AUGCUUGAGCAGCUGCAAAACAACGAGGCGUUUUUGGAAGAGCUAGUUUUUAGCGAUGAAUCCACGUUUCAUAUCCAUGGCCGCUUAAAUUGUCAAAAUUCAAGGUGGUGGGCUAAAGAGAAUCUUCACUGGUGUGUAUCAGAGCCGCUGCAUUCUCCCAAAACGAAUGUGUGGGCAGCCAUCGGGUGGAACGGGGUUGUGGGGCCUUUUUUCAUUGAUGAAAACAUUAACGGGGCACGUUAUUUGGAGCUGUUAGAGCAAGAUGUGUUGCCACAGCUUCUACAGUGGCCAAAUUCAGGUACGAAAAACAAGCAAAAUACUAAUUUAUAUCUUUUUAGCUACUUUGGUGUACAUGCAUGAUGGGGCUCCGCCUCAUCAUAGCUUAGUUGUGCGCGAGUUUUUGAACACCCAUCUGCCGGGUCGCUGGAUGGGUCGGGAUAGUCGCGGCGCUCCUCCUCCGUUCGUUUGGCCGGCAAACUCGCCCGAUCUAACCCCAAUGGAUUUUUUCCUUUGGGGUUACGUGAAGGCAAAAGUAUACAGUGUUCAAGUCGCGUCGUUACGCGAACUAAAGCAAAAAGUUCGCGAUGUGGUUGCGGAGAUUUCAGUGGAAAUGUGUCGCGCAGCUUUGCGCAACUAUCCGAAGCGAUUGCGACGGUGUCUUGAUGUUGGUGGUCAAAGUGUGGAAAGGAGUUACCCAGCAACCAACGAUGAACAAUCUCAUUAG